ACCCUCGAGCGCUCGCGCUGUUGUAUUUUGUACAACACGUUGACAAAAUCUCGCUUUUUGUACUCAGCAUUAGUGUGGUGCUGACGCAGGUAGUCAACCACGCGAGUUACGGAAGGUUAAAAGAACACCUUAGUUUCAAAAAAGACCGAUUAGAUAAGCAUACUGAGCUCUCCAGGAUCAAUAUUUGAAUAGACAAGUACAUUAUAUUAGGCCAUCGGAUAAGCGCGCUGUAUAUUAGGCAAAAUGUUUAAAUGUGCAAGCUCUCCCUUCGUUACAUUUGCAUUGCAUUUGUUUCUUACGUUGUUUCUUCAUAAAACACAACGUUGUUACAUAUUACCCCAAGGAUUACCCUUCUCCAACUGAUUAAGUUUCAUCAACUAAAAAUAAAUUGUCCACAGUGAACACUUUUUGGGCGAUCUCCUGAUUGAUUCGGGUUGACGUUCGGGCUAAUGUAAAAUAUUAAAAAAUCCUCAGAUUAAAAAUGCAUUUUGACCACCAAUUAGCCCUAUAUCAGAGUGCUUGAUGAUCACUCGGCCUGAUGAUUAUUAGGUCUAACGAAUGCCUGCUGAAUGACACCGGGCCAUAACAUAUUUAUUAUUGACAAUUCAUAUUGAUCCAUCUUUUUUGCAUUUUUCGGGUAAGUGUCGCAUUCGGGUAAAUUGCGUAUUCGGGUAAAUGCCGUAUUCGGGUAAAUAUCGCAUUCGGGUAUUUGUCGCAUUCGGGUAAAUGACGUUCGGGUAAAUGUCAUUCGAGUAAAUGUCUUUCGGGUAACUGGUUUUCGGGUAAAUGUUAUAGAGCCAAAAAAAAUAUGGCCAGAACUUUGAUCAACGCCGACAUGAGAAAUUUCCCUGACGUCUACCAGCAUACCAUGACUUUCUUUGAUUUUCCAGGUCCAAAAAUCAAUUUCCCGAUAUUCUUUAAUUUUCCUGGUUUUCCCAAGAAGUCUACAUUCUAAAAAGUGCAGAGUAGAAAUGCGCGCCAAAAAGAAUUGUACCGUACUCCUGAAACGAACACGCUUUUAUCAACUUACUGAAUGAACCAAAAGAACAGAAAAAAACAGCUGAUUUCAGUUGUCACCAGGUACGACCCGACUAGAAAAUUAUAUCAAGUUUAUAUCAUAUUGGUUUGUGAUGUUAAAAUAUUUUUCUCUAAUUUAUUAUGUUAUAAACUAGAUGCAGCAUGAUGUUAAAAUAACUGAAAUUGUAACAAAAAGUACACUGGUCUCAAUAAGAUUAUAACCUAUUUAAUAAUAAUCAUAUCAAAAUUAUAACAAAAUGUGAUAUGAAGAACGAAGAACGAAGACUCAAAACUCAAUUACAAUACAAUGAGUUAUCAAACGACAAUUAUAACAUAAUGUGAUAUAAUUAAGUUAUAGUAUGUUGAAAACACCAAGGAUGUUAAACAUGAUUAUAUCACAAUCAGUUAAAAAUAUCAUGGUUUGCAAAGGUUCUGUUAUAUUUGUUACAAUUUUCUAGAUGGGUAGAUCUACAACAGAUACAUCAACUAAAUCCAAAUCAACGAAGGCGCCGGUUUUAGCGUAAUCACCCAAGCUAGUGAAUGAAUAAUUUUUGGCUUAUUGGCUUGCCGUUCCUAAUCAAGAUUUUUUUUUUGUCAUGGGUCAAUCAAAUAACACAGCAUCUAUUUUAUAUUAGACGUAUACUUACAACACAUAGUGACUGUUUUAUUUAUACUGAAAAGCAUAAGUAUUGUUCAGGGGGUAGCGCUACAGAAAGACAAUUAAUGAUGUAACAUUUGAACAUCAAACGUGCUCUAUUCUGUGGGUAUCAAAUGAAUCUCCCUUUACAGUAAACUUAUACCAGAGCGUACGGGUGCCGACCUCCUUCAUUAGGGAGAUUUUCACCACACUUGGAAAUCCCAACCUGAUAAUACUCGCCUGCGAGAUUCGCAUUCUCACAAACGAACAUCCCGCUCCGGUGGUGAGUAUAUUAAAAGGCAAAUGUUGUAUGAACAUUCAUUCAGUUACAAUUUAGAAUCCAGCCGGUACAGUAAAUUUGCAAAAUGCUCGUCAGUAAUGUGCUUUUGCUUCUGGUUCUAACCAUUUUCGAUGGUCAAACUCGUGGUGCCCCUAUAGAACAUAGAUUGGAAGAUGUGUUGAUAUUCGAUAGAGAUUCCGAUCAACCUUCGAAAACGGUCGAGCUUGCAGAUCCAACGAAACCAAUUGAAAUUCCUUCGAUAUCCCGAGACGAUGCAGAGGUGAUACUGAAGGGACUUGGCUAUAACGAAUCCGAGCCGGACGACUUCGGAGUGUCAAAAAGAUUCAACUUCGGUCAGGAUCUAUCGUUUGAAGAAAUGGUGCGAAACUUUCAGCGAUCGGUUGGCUUGGAAGAAACCGGACAGUUGAACGAUGAAACUAAAGUGACUAUGGCAGCUCCACACUGCGGAACAAGAAGUGCGGAGAAACGGGGAGAUACCGCCAAAUGGACUAAACGGUUGAUAAGCUACAGGAUUCGGGAUUAUCCUGCCGGUGCAUCAUCCUCAUUUGUCCGCAGUAUGAUGAAGCGUGCCUUCGGCGAGUGGAGUAAAGUGACGAAUUUGAACUUUGUCGAAAGCAACGAUCGAAGUGCAGAUAUCGAAGUUAACUUUGGAGGAGACUCACAUAACAGACGGGACAGGCGGUGCACGUUCGAAAGUUCCUCUACGAUGGCACAUGCGUACCCUCCGGAAGACGGGGAUGUGCACUUCAACUCCCAAUACUUUUUCGAAAAUUCAAAAUAUAGGGAAGAUUUUCUAGACACCGCAAUGCACGAAAUCGGUCACUCUCUAGGAUUGGCUCACUCAGACCAGAAAGGGGCUCUGAUGCAUCCAACGAACAUGAACCGCUUCACGGAACCACAGCCUGACGAUGUGAGGCGAAUACAAAAACUAUACGGAUCCCGCAGAGGUGGUCGAGCGCUCGGUAAUACUGCAGCCCCUCGGUUCUGCACCGUUACCAAAUACGACGCCGUUGUCGAUGAUUCCACCGGAAGAUGGGCGGUUCUAGCUGGCAAGUAUUACUACGAUUCGGAUGUCAACAAUCCCACUGGCAAGCUCAUAUCGAGCCGAUGGCCCGGCUUACCCGGGAACAUUGAUGCGGCCUUCCGAUACCCCGACGGACGGGUGUACUUCUUCAAGGGUGACCGCUUCUGGCGGUACCGGGGCAACCGACUGGAUGCUGGCUAUCCACGGAGGAUCUCCGAAGGCUUCCCUGGACUGCCGAACAACAUUGACGGAGCGUUCGUUGAUUCGCGAAACAAGAUCUUUGCACUGAAGCAAAACAAGUACUGGGUGUACAAUUCGAAUGAGGACACCACACCGUCCUUUGCGUUGAGUUCUUUGGGUUUGCCGAGAAACGUAGAUGCAGCAGUGGGAACGGGAAAAUCGUUCGUUGUUUUCAGAGGAAGAAAUUUUUACAGGUUUCAAAACGGUAAAUUUAAGGAGUUUAGAAAUAAAUGGAUGGAAUGUAGAUAA